AAAUUAAAAAAAAAAAAAAUGAGAUACUGUAUUUUUCUCAUAUACUUUCCUUGUGGUUCUUUUUUAUAGUGUGUGUCUCUCCUCCCAUAUUUCCUGUUUAUCCGUUGGAACCAUAUUUUCCUUUACAUCUUCGAGCAUAGUUAGAGUAGCUGCUUUAAAACCUGUGCUGUUUCCAACAAUUUAGUCCUGGGAGUCUGUGUGCAUUGAUUACCUUUCUUCUUAAGUGUGGAUCACGUAAUUCUGUUCUUAUGUCUAAUGUUCUUGGAUUCGUCUUGGAAAUUAUGAAUGAUAUAGACCAUAGAUACCAGAUUCUGUUAUGUUUCUCUGGAGAGUGUUGAUUUUUUAAUUUAUAUAUAAAGCAGAGCGUAAACUUUUGUGUCUCUGAGAUAGGCAGCCGCUGAAACUUCUGUUCAGGUUGUUUAACCUUAGCUGGGCUGUUUAGAGUUGGCCUGUAUACAUAUAGUUCGGAGGGUCAUCCAGAAAUUUUGGUAUAGUGUAUAUAUGUCUGUCUGUCUGUACGUAUGUAGAGUUUAGAUGUAGAAUUUGGUGCUCUCCUCUCUAGCUUUUUUUUCCUUCCAGGAUUUCCUCCCUUUCCAGCUUUUGUGGUCUCUACCUUAGGGGUCAUGGUGUGGAUGGUGUGGUCUGCUGGACUUAAGGUAGCAAAUCCUAGUUUCAACAAGGUGAGAGAGGGACCCUGACAGAGAGAAGGAAGCUCUCUUUCUAAGGAUACCAGAGAAGCUUCAGUCAAUAUACACAUAUGUGCUUGUCGUAGGGAAGAUGGGCGCCAAGCUGAUUAAAUUUUAAAGUGGAAAGAUGUAUGAUUUAUGUUUCUGGCCGUUCCUAAGGUGUUGUGUGAGCUGGAGCCUUUGAGUUCAUCUCUCUGUGGGUCCUGGUGUCCUCAGACCCCAGAGCUGUAGCUCUGGGGUAUCUGAAACUUGCCCAAGAUGUUUUGAUGCACAGAGCACACACAUGCAUGUUGAACUGUGACCUUAUUUGGUACCCCAAGGAGCACAGACCCGAUAAGUAAAUGAAAAGAUGCAUAUCUUCACUAAUAAUCAGUGAAGUGUAAAUGAAAGCAACCCUGAGGUAUCUUUGCCUAUCAGACAGGCAAAGAUUUAAAAGAUUGAUAAUGUACACAGCUGGCGACAGGCAUUCUUACAUUUCUGUUGUGAGUAGAAGUUGGUAUGUUUUUGGAAUGUCACUUGGCAGGGUCAGUAUUUUUAAAUGCUGAACCUAAGACCCCACAGUUCCACCUCUAGCAUUAUUAUUAUUUUUUUUUUAGUGUUCAUUUAUUUUUGAGAGAGAGAGAGAGAGAGAGAGAGAGAGAGAGAGAGAGAGAAUGAACGGGGGAAGGGUAGAGAGAGAGGGAGACAACAGAAUCCAAAGCAAGCUCCAGGCUCUGGGCUGUCAGCACAGAGCCUGACAUGACGUUUGAACCCACACACCGUGAGAUCAUGACCUGAGCUGAAGUCAGACGCUUAACCAAUUGAGCCACCCAGGCACCCCUUACCUCUAGCAAUGAUUUGUAUAGAAGUACUCAUUCUGAUGAGUUAAGGCCCAUGCCCAGACUUGUUCACUGCCUUGUUUAAAGUUGCAUAUGUGCACUGGAAAUUAAUAUAAUGGUAUGUAUCUCAAGAAAUAAAAAACAUAUAGGCAGCAAUCCACAGGUCCAUCAGCGGGAUUAUUGAGCCAUGGCAUGUGCUACCCUUAAAGGCAUAUGAAAGGUUUUUAUGUGCUGACCUAGAAGGAUGUUGAGAAUAGCCAGAGGAACAAAGAGCCUGCAAAGCUCAGCACAGUAUGAAUCCAUUAAAAAUGUCCUGGGUGGCUCAGUCGGUUAAGCAUCCAUUUUGGCUCGGGUCAUGAUCUCUCAGUUUGUGGGUUCGAGCCCCGUGUCGGGCUUUGUGCUGACAGCUCAGAGCCUGGAGCCUGCUUCGGAUUCUGUGUCUCCCUCUCUCUCUGCCCCUCCCCUGCUCACGCUCUCUCUCUCUCUCUCUCUCUCUCUCAAAAAUAAAUAAACAUUGAAAAUAAAAAAUCUUUAAAAAUGUCCAUUUGUUUGAGCUUCAGCUUUGUCUGGAAGGACUUGUGCCUAACGUCUCGCAGAGGCUCCCUCUGGGGUGAAACAAAGGGGAGUCUUGUUUUUUACUUUUCUUUUGUAUCAUUUGUUUUUCUUUAACUGAGAAGACAUUAAUUUUGUGUUUAACAUUCUCUCCAGUGGUGUUUCUUGGGAGGAAUGCAGCAGACACUCCACCAAUCAAAGGUCGAAUCACCAAAGCCUACCUUUGGUGUCAUGGGGAAAGAAGGAUCAUCCCACCUUCUAGUUCCCGGGUUUAUGAUUAGUGGUAGCAGUUGUCUCUCAACCCCACUUGGGACAGCUGCUCUGAUCUGCAUCGUGGUUUCAGAUGUGGGCGGCCUGUGUCAGCCUGCCGUGGGAGGCUCACGUCACUGCUCACUGCAGUUAUAUCCUGAAUCAGGCAGAGAGACUUCGCUGCAAACACAGGAGCGGUCACCUCCAGGUCUGGAGGUUGGUGGGGGGGGGGGGGGCCUCCGACUUGCCAUGGGACCCAGCAGAUGCAUCUGGGAAGGUGAGUCUGUGAUUUGGACUUCUCUACACUCAAGUCAGCAUGAGUGGAUGGCAGAGAGUGGCAGACAGCAGGCCAUCCCUGGGCCCUGGGAGGAGCCUGUGGAUGGACUUUGAAGCGGUUGGGAGCAUCGCCCUAGUUUUACCUCCUCGGGUGUCCUGGUCUUGGAUGUCUCCAAGAGACAGCAUGUUGGCAGUAUUUGCUGAAGAAUGACAGCUAUCACUACCUGGCCUGAGUACCAUUGGGCAGAGGGAAGGAUCCGAGUUUGUCACGUUGAGUUUUAGGUAUGGAAGACUUUGCUUCCUCAAUAACAGCGAGGGGUGGUUCUGGGGCCAGAUGGUCUGAGAUUGCGAUGGCCAUGAGUGGAGAUGAAGACCAGGCCCUGCAGCUGGCAAAACCUCUUCAAACCCGCAUGCCCUUGGGGGGCCUUCGGGCAGAAGAGAAGCCAGGGUCUUGGGAUCGCCCCUUUGGAGCUAUGGGUGGCAGCACGUGAGGGUGGGGUUCCAGAAGGAGGAUCAACUCUGCCAAGCAGAAGAAGGGGAGAUGAGGAUUUGUGCUCAAGUAACAUCCAGAGUCCUGCUCCCAGGGGCCCAAAGCAUCAACACCAUUUAAAGGCAAGGUCAGUGUCUGUAGGGAGAUUCGGGAUGCGUUUCUUACCCUGUUGGGGCUAGGUGCAGGGGGCACAACAUAAAUCAGACAGUGUCUCACCUUGGAAGAGCCUUGUGUAAAGAGGCAGCUUAGCAGUGAGCUUUGCUGACAUGGCCACAAAGGUGCUAUGAGGGAGUCUCUGGGCAGAGGAGGUCAGUUAACACGUGCAGGAAGAGAAGGUGCAUCGUUUUUCUCCGUUUAGCCCCCAGGCCCCCCAAAGAGAACUUUGUCGACACCCUUACUCUGAGCUGCUCCCACAGCACUACCUGCUACCCUGCUUCUGUCAUGAGCUGACUGGCUUUGCUUUGUCAUGUCUGGUCUGGCCAGAGAGACCCUAGGGAGCUUGGGGAGUGCUUCAUGAAGGAAGGGGCAUGUGAUACGGAAGGAAGUCGGGCAGAGGAGACAGUGUGAGGUGGAUUAGACCAGCAGGAGACCUAGAGUGAGUUCCAUUUUUUAAAAAAAAUAUAUAUAGUCUGGGAGCCUGGAUGGCUCAGUUGGUUAAGCAUCUGACGGUUGGUUUUAUCUCAGGUAAUGAUCUCACAGUUGAUACACGGAGCCCCAUGUUGGGGCCUGUACUGGGUGUGGAGUCUGCUCGGGAUUCUCUCUCUCGCUCCCUCUCUCUGCCCGUCCCUUGCUCACUCACGUGCUCUCUCGCUCGCUCUCUCUCUCCCCCCUCCCUCCCCCCAAAUAAAUAAAUAAAUAAGUAAACUUAAAAAAAUAAAAAUAUAGACUGUUUAAGAGGGGACACUAAGUGGAUGCAGUAAUCUGCAUGAAGCCAACUUGGAGGAUGGUCUGCAGGCACCCUCAUCUGGCAGGGAUUCCUCUGGCAUCAGGUGAGUGCUCAGGGUGUGAGGGCCAGGGAAGGUGAGGGUCUGAGUCUGUCUGGAAACCUUUCCCUGCAGCAUACUUCCUUGUGGCAGUGUGUGAAGGUUCUGAUGCAGGAGUCCAGCUAUAAGGCAGCCCUUAACUUUGUGGCGGGCCAGGAAACCAGGGCAGGAAAUCUGGGAGGCCCUAGUGGUCCGACCUCAUGGACUUGACCCUGAGGAGGGUCAUGGAGGAGAUGUGUCCUGAGAAGGGACCAGAGUGCUUGUGGGCUGAAGGCGGUGGCCGCAGACCUGAUGGGGGAGGGGCAGGGCUGGACUGUCGCGAGGGAGAGACACUGGCUUCCCUCCUCCUGCUCUGACAGCCAUCCUGUGAGAUGGUCCGGGGUUGUCUGAGCUGUGAUUAGAUCUCCCUCGUGUCAUCCCAGUGCCUGUUCCAGGACCACGGAGUAUGCGGAUGGGGGUUUCUACACUGCCUGGCCCAGUUUCUGUUGUCAAGGACGUGGGUAGCCCAGAGGAGACAGAGGCCAGUGGUGCCCAGGCUUUCAUGGCAACUGGCUGGACACAUGCUAAGAACAGAGGUGCCAGGUGCCAGGUGUGGGGCAGCACGCCACCCUGCCCAGCUCACUUUGUAGAGACAGAAGCCUUCUCUGUGGGAAGAGUUCUCAGAGGAGAAGCAGGGACCAUCCCCCCAGGUGGCCCUGCAUAGGUCUCCGCUGCUCCCACAGGGUGGGUCCUGGCCCUGGUAGCUCUCAGCUGUCCCUGCUCUGGGGCCUGUUGAGCUUGGAGGCACCCCACCCUGUGCUCUCGAACCAUCUGGGAUGGUCUGGCCCAGCUGGCCCAAUUCUGCAUAGACGGAGGGCUCCUUCCACUGGGACCUGGGUUAGCUCUUCAGCUUGAAGUGGCUGCUGUGCCUCAGGCCCCCCGACCUGAUGCUCGCUCUGAUCCUGUCACUACACACCCUGACCACGGGCUGUUGUCCGGCUGCUCCCCCGUCUCCACCCAAUCACUGUGCAGGAGGGGACAGACGCUGGGGGGGGGGGGGGCGGUAAACUCCCUACAGCCUCCCAUGCUGUGGCUGGUGCUGCUAGGUGACGCUGCUUGCUAGGAAAGGGUGCAGUCUUCCUGAGCAUGGAUCUUAACAGGGGUCAGUCCUGUGGGUACAUGGCUAGGCUGCUGGGGUGUUGGGGUGGUGUCUGCCCCCCCUGCGUGUGUGCAGGCUCCUUGAAGGUUUACGUGCUGUGGUCUGUGCUGCUUUUUUGCCUCCUUAUCACCCAUCAGGCUUGCAUAACCAGGCUGGCCCUGCUUCCUGCUUAGGAACUAUCAGCGCACCAUCUGGAGCUACAAAUAGGGUGAUAGGAAGUCAACAGCCUCCCAGCACCCAGGCACUUGUGAACACCCAGUCCCUUCGUCUCCAGCUUACCCCUGGUCCCCCCAGGGAUCCUGUUGCUCAGGCUGGCACUCCUCUCUUGGGGUGCUCUCCUUCGCGGGACCGGCACCUUCUAAACAGGGAUGCGAUCGACAGAGCUUAGGGACUGCAGUUUUAUUGCAAGGACACGCCACUGCGAUCCUCCUACCUAAUCCUGGGCCAGAACAUUGGGAUGGGUCUUUGUUUAAGGAGACAGGAUGUGUAGACGUUGGCUGUGUGACCCUGGGCAAGGCAUUUCCCCUCCUUGGGACUCAGCUUGCUUGUCUGUGUGUAGGGACGGUCUUUCUACCUCACAGGGCUGCUGUGGGAACUCAAGUGUAUGAGGCAAGCUACGCAGUCGGCACAAAGUUACCCUUACCCUGCCUUCCUUGCACGACAGGACCUGGGCCCAGCAACAGGGGGCUGUAUUGGCAGAGGAUGCCUGUCCCAGAGAAGAAACGUGUAGGCAGACUCAGACACAUAGCUGGUUCAGAGUCCAGCACCCACCAGAAGAUCUGGGUUGGAGGGCACCAUGCUAUAUGCUGUAGCCACGAAUCUUUGGUCUGGCCAAUGUAUCUUUCUGAGCUUCAGUUUCUUAUGGGAGCAGCUCAGGCAGUGGUGUCCAAUCCCUGUCAUGGGACAUGGUGAGGGUAUUGGUGGUGACCCACUCAGAGCUGUCAGUGAGGAGCACACUCCAUAGGCAGUGGACCUCAUGGGGAGCAUGCCUCACAGGGGGAGCCCUCACGGUGAGCACCUAUCAGGGGGCUUCUCUCCACAGAGAGCAGCCCUCAUGGUGACUGUCCCCAGGGGGGUGCUCUCAGCCCAGUUCCUUGCAGGAUGGACCUUGGAGACUGAGGCCCUGAUGCGGGAGUUGAGUACCUGGCUCCUGAUCUGCACGUGCAUCAGCCCUUGGGUUGGCUUGGGAGUCUCCAUCCACGGGGAAGGAGGAGGGCUCGGGGCUGGAUCUUUCAUCUGCCUCAACAACAACAUCCUAAGGAUCGACUGCCACUGGUCUGCUGUAGAGCUGGGUCAGGGCCCCAGUCCCUGGCUCCUCUUUACCAGCAACCAGGCCGUGGGCAGCAAUCACAGAUGUGUCUUCCGGGCCAGCGAGUGCACUCUGGUGCUGCCACCUGAGGAGGUGCUUGUGCCUUCUGACAACUUCACCAUCACUUUCCACCGUUACGUCUCUGGGAAGGAGCAGAUCAGCCUGGUGGACCCACAGUACCUGCCCCGGAGACAUGUGAAGCUGGACCCUCCCUCUGAUUUGCAGAGCAAUGUCAGCUCUGACUACUGUGUCCUGACCUGGAGCGUCAGUCCUGCUUUGGAGCCUCUGAUCUCCAUGCUCAGCUAUGAGCUGGCCUUCAAGAGGCAGGGGGAGACCUGGGAGCAGGCCCAGCACAGGGAUCACAUCUUUGGGGUGACCUGGCUCAGGCUUGAAGCCAUCGAGUUGGACCCUGGUUCCAGCUACGAGGCCAGGCUGCGCGUCCAGAUGGCCUCACCGGAGGAUGACCUGGCGGAGGAACAGCACUAUGCGGGCCAGUGGAGUGACUGGAGCCAGCCUGUGUGCUUUCCCUCUCCCCAGACCUCUGCCCGAGGCUCCCUGUUAUCACCUCGGGGGCAGCCUGACGGCACCCUUGUCGCUGUACCUGUCUUUCUGCUACUGACCAGCCUGACCUGCCUCCUGUUCAAGCUUUCACCCAGGGUGAAGAGAAGCUUCUACCAGAACGUGCCGUCUCCAGUGGCCUUCUUCCAGUCCCUGUACAGUGUGCACAAUGGGGACUUCCAGACCUGGAUAGGGGCCCACAGAACCGGUCUGCUGCCGAGCCAGGACUGUGUCAGUUCCCCGAGAAGAGCCUCGGAGUCUAGUGUCCAGGAGGCCAUUGCGUGGCUGACCUAUGGCCCAGUGGAUCCCUGGCAGUCAGUGGUCCUGGAGGAAGAGGAGAAAGGCCCACGUCCUGGCCUCCCAGAGGCUGUGUUGUUAGCAGGUCGUGUGGCACAGGGAGAGCAGCCACCUGCCUACCUGCCACAGGAGGACUGGGUCCCUGGGAGCCCCACCAGGCCAGCUCUCCCACAGGCAGAGGGCAGCAGUGGUGACUACUGUGCCUUGGGCUGUCCCGGGGCGUGCCACCCCUCGACCUUCCCAGGAAACACGCAGAGCUCUGGGCCCAGCCUGGCUUUGGCCUGUGGCCUCUCCUGUGACCAGCAGAGCCUGGAUGCCACGCAAGGAGGGACCUAUGUGGGAGUUGGUCACAGAGAGGAGCAAGACCCUGGUGAAUGUGUCGCAUGAGGCCCUCAGGGCACUUUCUUUGCUCCUACCCUUUGCGGACGCUGGCUUUGAUGUAGAACCCUGAUGAGGCCAGCUGCAUAAUGUGCAUCAUGUGGAAAAUGGACUAAAGUCUCUGAGAAUGAAGCCCCUGCACAGAUAUCCUGUCCAGAUGGAGGCCGAAAAUCCCUCCUCUCUCCCCUCCCCGCAGCAUCCUACCACGCAGCUCCCACUUCUGGCUCCCUCCCUGCCUUCUGGCUCCACCCUGGUCCCUCACAGAAGUGGGGGUGUUGGCUCCACAGCCUGUUCUGCCCUCACUCCCUUAAAGGGCCAGCCGGCACCCAACAGACACAGAGGAGGUGCUGUGACCGGGCGGAGUGUUGUCUUUCUGUGCCUCCCUGAGGUACCUCUGCUACUGAGAUUAAAAGGGAUUCAGUGGUUGUUUCAAACUGCUGCUGACUGGGAGAGGGGCCCACAGGAAGUGCAGGGGGUGGGGGUCUGUCUAUUCUCGGGUUUUCUGGGGUUGGAGAUGCUGACAUUUUGAAGUUAGCAUCCAAAUGGAGACCUGUCCCUCUCUGGGUGACCGACCAGAGAGGGCACCUCUGCAUGAGUCUCUGGUGUCCCCUGAGGCCUGUACAGAAAAAACAAACAAACAAACAAACA